GAAAGAGACUGAUUUCUUAAAGAUCCAACCAAUCAGACAAAAGCCUUGCAUCUCUCUAUUGGGAUCUGAAUCUUCAUUUUUUCUCUGAGAAUUUUAAAAAAAAAAUCAGAGGAGAAAAAAAUGCCUCGUGGAACGCUUGAAGUUGUUCUUGUCAGCGCUAAAGGCCUUGAGGACACAGAUUUUAUGAAUAACAUGGAUCCUUAUGUGCUUCUCACUUGUCGGACUCAAGAUCAGAAGAGCAAUGUUGCACCAGGACAAGGCACAACUCCGGAGUGGAAUGAGACAUUUAUCUUUAAUGUCUCUGAAGGAACUACAGAGUUGAAAGCGAAAAUCUUUGACAAAGAUGUUGGCACAGAGGAUGAUGCGGUUGGUGAAGCAACUGUUCCAUUGGAGCCGGUUUUCUUGGAAGGAGAUAUCCCACCAAGUGCAUACAAUGUGGUGAAAGAUGAAGAGUUCAAAGGCGAGAUCUGGAUCGCACUAUCCUUCAAACCCUCGGAGGACCGAAGCAGGGGUUUCGAAGAGGAGUCUUAUGGAGGCUGGAAAAACUCUGAAGCAUCAUACUAAGAGAAGAAAACAAUGUUUGAUUUGAGUCUUGGGAUAAAAUAUUGAGCUUUCCAUUUGAAAGGGUGUGUCGUUUUAGAGAGUUUCUUCUUAUAAUUAUUAUUCUUGAGUUCAGAUUGGAUUUUAUGAUUCAAAACUCCUGAGAUUCUGAUUCUUUUGUCAAGAAUUGUGUCACACUUGUUUUGGUAUGGAGAUUUUUCAUUUCUUGAGUCUACAAGACUUGUUUUGGUGUUGUUUUCUGACUUUUCUGUGUUUAUCUCCUGAUUUGGGCUUGAAUGAAUCUUUAUUAGGCUUCCCGGCUUAGUGCUCAGGUUGGGAUUGUGCUCUGUUUUUC